AUGCUCUUCUCUGCGAUUUUGUUGUCUCUGACUUUUGGCCGCGUCUUCGCGGAUGCUGGGGACGACGAUGAUUUGAUGUCUUUCGUUACGCUCCCGAAAGUACGAGCAUUAAAGUUCGAAAUUUCCUACCACGACCGUCAGGCUGUAGCCCCGGGGUACUGGUUCGUUGCACCCUACGGAAUCAUUGAGCCGGAAGUUCCUACCAAGCAAUGGAUGCCAUACCAAGUAGGACCGUACAUCUAUGAUGGAGACGGAGUUCUUGUCUGGGCCGGAUCACCCAUGUUUGAUAACCGGAAUACUUUCGACUUCAAAGCGGCUAACAACAUUGACGGUGAAUCUCAUCUUUCAUUUAUCUUGCAGCAUCAGUACCACGAUGACGGUACGGACAAGGGCUACGGGUACAUUUUGGACCAGCACUACGAGCAGGAGUAUAAAGUUGGUGUUGUUAACGACCUAAGUGCGUUCAAUAUGCACGAAUUUAAUGUUCUCGAUGGAGGAAAGACUGCUCUUGCUUGCUUGUACAAGUCCGAGUACUCGGAUUUAUCCGCACUUGGUCGCCCUCAGGAUUUUAGCUGGAUCAUUGCCGGUGGGCUGCUUGAGCUUGAUACAGAGACGGGUGAGGUUUUGUUUGAAUGGAGCUCUUUGAAUAACGUCCUCGUCGACGAGUCCGUAAAAGUCUCGACGGAUUCGUACCCUUCUGACCGGCCAGGCUGGGAUUACAUCCACGUUAACUCAGCCGAUAAGAACUCGGUAGGAGAUUACCUUCUAUCGGCACGAUUCGCCAACACAAUCUAUUACAUCUCCAAGGAGGGUGAGAUUGUCUGGCGGCUGGGCGGGAAGUUCAACGACUUCGACAUGGAUUUCACCUUUUCCAAGCAACAUCAUGCGCGAUUCAUCGAAUCCAACGGGACACAUCACGUCAUCUCUUUCUUGAACAACGCCUCUGACGAAUUGGAGGCGGAGGAGGACGUCUCAUCUGCUCUCUACGUGCAGCUCGACACUACUGUUUCCCCCAUGACCGCGAGGGUUAUCAAGCGCAUCAAUAGACCCGACGGUGGCCUCACUCGACUGCGUGGUAAUGUGCAGACUCUGCCAAAUGGCAACACCUUCGUCGGCUGGAGUGAGCGCGGCUACCACAGCGAGCAUGACCCGGACGGCAAGCUUCUGAUGGAGGCUAAAUUCGUCUCCACGCGCCUCUCAUCGUACCGAUCCUACAAAUACCCUUUUACCGGACGCCCAAAUACACCACCAGAUGUUGUUGCAUCUGUGUACGGCACGGAACCCGCGGACCUGACCACUAUCUUCCAUGUCAGCUGGAACGGGGCGACGGACAUUGCUUCAUGGCAGUUUUACGCACGGUCUUCAGAAGACGGCCUACCAGUGCCGGUUGGUAGCACGGUCAAGACUGACUUUGAGACAAUGUACAUUGCCGAUGGAUACCUGGACUGGGUGUCCGUGGAAGCUUUGGACAAGGAGGGGAACAUUCUAGGCAAAUCUGAGGUUCAGCGGACACAGACACCCAGUAAUUGGCGACUCGCCGGGUUCCAGGGCGAGGAGCAGCCAACUCCAGAUGAUCCUGCAAUCCUGUAUUCGACAAAAGAAGAAAAACCGGAUGUGGGAGAGGAAGAGGAAGAGGAAGGGAAAGAGGAAGACAUGGCAGAUAUGGAUAUGGAUAUGGAUAUGGAAUCAGAAGUUGACCCCAACGAAGCAGCUAAAGCAGCAGUCCAGGCGUACGAAAUGAUCCGCGGCGUGGGAGGACUCCUGAUCUUCAUUUUGGUCACAUGUUCCCUGGGUGGGGUCCUGGCUGCUAUAUACUACUGCCUUCGACGACGUCGCACCAGGUCUUACCACGAAAUUCCUUUGGACGAGGCAGAGCGCCAGCCUAUGGCCUCAACAUAG